GGGCGACAGACUGACGAGCUGGCGCUGCGCUGUGUGCGAGCGAGGCGACCGCGACCGCUGCGAGCCCAGUUGGGCGCACGGGAGCACGCGGUGAGGGGACAGGACAGGUUGGGAAGCCCUGGCGCUGAGACGCGGAGGCGAGUGAUUAGUGGGGUCGCGGCGACGGGAUCGACGGCGGAUGGGUCACAGCUGGCUCCAGUGAAGCGGAAACUGGAAACGCAGACGGAUCUUUCAAAGACCUUCCACCAUGUUGGAGUGGUUAGCGGCCUGCCUCGUGGUUGUUAUGCUGGUGAUGAUUGUUCGGGAAAUCUUCCGAAAGCCGGCAAACUUCCCACCAGGUCCUCCGGUAGUUCCACUCCUUGGAAGUUCGGUGGCGAUCAAGCUUGGGUCGACUCUCCCGCAUCUAGUGUUCGAAAGCCUCGGCAAGAUAUACGGAAAAAUCAUUGGCUUCUACCUGUUUGGUCAGCCCGUGAUCAUUCUGCGGGACUACGAUCUGAUACACGAAGCGUUCAGCAAGACAGAGUUUUCCGGUCGUGAGCAGACGUUUGUCAUACAAAACCGGUCCUUCUUCAUGGGAAACGGCAUCAUAUUCGGCCAGGGCGGCGGCUGGUCGCUGCACCGUCGGUUCGCGCUGCAGCAGCUGCACGACCUGGGUGUCGGCCGGCCGCGCUCCGAGCUGCUCGUCCAACUGGAGGUGGACGCGCUGGUGCGCCGGCUGACCGCCUCCGGGGGCGACCUGGAGGUCAACACCACCUUCUGCAUGAGCGGCUGCAACGCGCUGCUUCAGCUGGUCGCCGGGAAACGGUACGAGCUGGACGACCCCGUGUUCGCCCAGCUGGUGAACGACACGGACCGAGUGAUGCGCCUGGCCAGUCCGGGUAACAUCCUCUCGCUGCUGCCGUGGGUGCGGCACCUGGCGCCGAGCGCCACCGGCUUCAGGGCCCUCUGCGCCCUGCGCGACACCACCUGCAGUCUGUUCGGGGAGAUUGUCGAGGAGCACCGGAGGACGCUGAACGCCGGGAAGCCGAGAGACUAUGUGGACGCGUUCCUGAUUGAAAUGGAGAAGGAAGGCGCGAAGGAGAAAGACUUCACGAAGCAGCACCUGGAGAUCCUGCUGAUGGACUUCUUCCAGGCGGGGAUCGAGACCAUCAACUCGACGCUGUGCUGGGCGGUGCUGCUGCUGGCGCGCCACCCGGAGGUGCAGGCGCGGCUGCACGCCGAGCUGGACGAGCUGCUGGGUGCCAACUCACUGCGCUGGUCCGAUAGACAGAGCCUGCCGUACCUGCAGGCCACCAUCAACGAGGUGCACCGGUUCGGCACGGUGACGAACGUAUCCGUGCCCCAUUUCACCUCCUUCCAGCCCGUCGUCUUCAACGAUUACGUGAUUCCACGCAACAGUCUGAUCCUGCCGGACAUUUACCACGUGCACCACGACCCGAGCUACUGGAGUGAGCCGGAGCGGUUCCGACCUGACCGCUUCAUCGACCAGAACGGCCAGCUGGUGCACGAGCCGCGACUGCUCAUGUUCGGCACCGGUCGCCGCUCCUGCCUGGGCGAGUCGCUGGCCCGGAUGGAGGUGUUCCUGUUCGUGGGCGGCCUUCUGCAGGCGUUCCACCUGGAGCUGCCCCCGGACGCGCCGCCGGCCGACCUCAGUCCACAGGCAGGCGUCACGUACAAACCGCGUCCCUUCCGACUGCGGUUCCGACCGCGCCGGCCGGCAGCUCCCGAGCUGAACGUGGCCGCGCUGGCGCUGCGCAGCGAGCAGAACAGCUACUGCAUCAAACGCAGCAGCUUCAGCUCCAAGGUGCACUUCAAGGAGGAGCGAGAGAUCUGAGCCGGCGGCGGCUGGAGUUGCUGCAACAAAUGCUGGUCAUGGAGUUGUAUGCCAAGUUACCCGUUGUGGCUGAAGUCUGGUACACGCCGUGUAUGCGCCUCGUAAGCAGUCGAUACGAAGACGAUCAUUCCGAGAUAAGGACAACUUGUGGGAUCUUGUGUUCUGUGUCGCUCUCUACAAUUAUAGACAUUAGGUCUCGUAGAGGGUGCUAGUGCUACAAGCCUUCGAUAUUUGAAGCUUGACCCGUAUUUGAUCGUACGGACGCACAAGUGUUGAAUUUGUGCAGGAUCUGUGUGUGAGGUUGUCUGCCCACCCUAGGGACCUGAGCCGUCUUGGGAAGGGACGCCAAAGUGCAGUGCAGUGUCGGCCAAGGGCCGUUCGCUUAGUUAUUUCACAUGCGCUGGUCGCAUUGCUAUCCGUUUUUACUUGAACCUUGUAUCGCACUGAUUCCCUUUGAUGAGCUCUUUGUUACGAGUUCAAGACCAAACAUUUAUCAACCAUGCGCUCGAGUAGACUGCAAUCACCAGUGCCGCGCACAAGGUUAUUAUUCAGACUAGCUGAGUCUGCAAAGACAUAGUCCAAGCGGGUCCUUGACUCCAGCAGCCAUUCAGCAGCGCCGCCCCUAUAAUUGCUGAACCCCUGCCGUGUAGUGUCAUACUCGCCCGCCAGGCGGCACCACCACCGAUACCGCGUGACGAUCACGGAACAAAGCCUGUUUGUGACGACUGGCCUGUCUGCGGGACGAGCAGUCGUCGCGCACAAAGGCGCUGUCGGCUCUGACUCGGUGGCCGUGUGACACAGACGGUAGUCUGUUCCAGCGGUGUAACUUUCUAUAUGUAUGGGGGUGCAGGUGCACCCCCAUCCCCUGAAAGUGCACCCCCAUCACGUUAAAGUGCACCCCCAUAGGCUAAGCGGCGCCCCACACGCCGCCCGACACCGAUAAGCUCUUGAUCAAAUGGCGAAUGUGAUUUCCCGGCUACAUUCCGUCUCGUGACCGGCGUCGUGCUGCUUGUGGGCUUGGGAAGCGUCCAGUCGUAUCGUUCCCCCAAAAAAAUGGAUGAAAGGGGCACCCCGGCAAAAACGGGACUUUCUCAGCAAAAGUGGAGCGCCCGAGGCAGAAGUGGGGCACCUCCAGGCUCCAACGUAGGUUGGGAUCGUCAAGCAUAAGACUGGCGCCCCAGCGGAGGAGAGGCGCCCCCAGUAGGAAUGAGGCACCUCAAGCAUAACUUGCGGUUCGCCCAGUAGAAGAGCGCCCUCAGUAGAAUACGGGCGACCCCAGCAGAAACGGGCGCCUCACCAGAAGAAGGGCACCCCAGCGCUAGAAGAGCACCCCAGCAGAAAGGGGCGCCCCACCAGAAGAGAGCUGUCUCCAACAGAAAAGGAGCGCCCUCAGCACAAGAAGGGCUCCCCAACAGAAAGGGGGCGCCCCAGCAGGAGAGGGAUGCUUCCAGAAGAAGAGAGGCACUCCAAUAUCAAUGGGGCACCUCAAGCAAAAGUUGGGCUCGUCCAGCAGUAGUGGGGCGCCCCUAGCAGAAGAGGAGUGUCCCCAGCAUAGGACCGCCCCAGCAGAAAGGGGCGCCACACCAGAAAGGGGCGCCCUACCAGGAGAGGGAUGCCUACAGAAGAGAGGCACCCCAAUACAAAAGGGGCACCUGGAGCAAAAGUUGGGUUCGUCCAGCAGCAGUGGGGCCGGGGCGCCCUCAGCAGAGGUGGGGCGCCCCUAGCGGCCCCGGCGGAAGUGGGGCGUCCCAGCAGAACAGGGGCUCCCCAGCAAAAGAGCAAUGCCCCCAACAGACCUACCCGAGCACCUUCAGCAGAAGUUGGGCGCCCGGCAGAAGAGGGACGCCUCUAGCAAAAAUAGAGCAUAUCAGGGAAGGGAAAUGUCAGACUCCAGCAGAAAAGUGAGACCCCAGCAGAGGAGGAGCGCCCAUCAGCAGUAAGUCCCGCCGAGCAGAAGAGGGGUGACCUCAGCAGGAGAGAGGCGACCCCAGCAGUAGAAAGGCGCCCAAUAAAAAAGGUGAUUCCAGCAAAAGUGGGUGUCGCCAGUCGCCGAGCAUAAAAAGGGCACACCCCGAUUCUAUAAAAGGUUGGAAUAAAAAAGUAAAAUGCAAUUUCGUUAUAAAUUCAAUUAAUUGAUUGAAAUUCGUGCGAAUGAAUCUAAUGUCAAUUCGUAAUACCCAACUUUAUGCCAUUGGACUGUGGCAUUGGGUGUUUAGUGUUCAUAGGUACAAUUAAAAUUGUACAUGCAAAAAAAAUAUUCAUUUUAUUUCAAAAGUUAUUGUAAGUUGUACCUACAAGCAGAAACAUCGACUUCCGUUUAUCGGUGCGCCAGUUAGGGGGCCUUGGUUUAAUAUAAAUGAAUUUCAAUCCCAUUUGCAACAUCAGGCUGUGUUCAAACUAAAUCGGAGGAACGUAAAAUGGUGAUCACUCUCAACUCUCAAGUCUGAAUUUCGAAAUAUACCUACAAAGCAUUUUACCGAAAUUGAGAGACAAGGACGCACACAAGAGGAGGGGGGGGGGGUACACGGGCCCGUGCCCCCCCCCAUUCGAAAGGGGGCCCAUCUCAAAUGGUUCUCAAAUGGGCCCCUACUCAAGACCGCCGAAGACUGUCUAAAAUGAGCUAAAUGGCGAUUAAAAAGACCAGGAAAGCCCAUCUCGGGCCCCGGCCAUACAAGGUCCAGAUGAGGCCAUACAAGGUCCAGCGCAGUCAAGGGGAUGGUGAUAGAUGUGAAAUUUCAACAACCUUCAAAAGGUCCCAAAGCGCCUCCAACUGGCGUCAAAGGGCCCUCAGAAUGCCUUAAAGGGCCCUCAGAAGGGCUAGAAGGCCCUCAGUUGGCCGUAAAGGGUCCUCAGGUGGCGUCAAAGGCCCCUCAGAUGGCGCCAAAGGGCCCUCAAAAGGCCUGAAAGAACCCUCAGCCGACAUCAAACGGCCCUCAGAAGGUCUUAAAAGGCGCCAAUGGGCCCAGUGCCGGCGUCAAACGCCCCCAAAAGUGUCAAAGGGCCCUUAGCUGGCGUCAGAGGGCCCCCAGCUGGUGUCAAAGGGCCCCUAGCUGGUGUCAGAGGGCCCUCAACUGGCGUCAGAGGGCCCUAAGCUAGCGUCAAAUGGCCCUCCGAAUACCUCAAAGGGCCCUCAGCUGGGUCAAAGGGUCCUCAGAAGGCCUUGAAGGGCGUCAAAGGACCAUGAGAUGGCGCCAAACAGCCCUCCGAAGGCCUCAAAGGGCCCUUAACUGGCGUCAGAGGGCCCCCAGCUGGUGUCAGAGGGCUCUCAGAUGACGUCGAAGGGUCCUCAGCUGGUGUCAAACGGCCCUCAGAGGGCCUCAAAGGGCCCUCGGCUGGCGUCAAAGGGUUCUUAAAGGCCUCAAAGGGCCCUCAGGUGGCGUCGAAGGACCCUCAGCAGGCCUCAAAGGGCCCUCAACUGACGUCAAACGGCCCUCCGAAGGUCUCAAAGGGCCCAUAGUUGGUGUCAGAGGGCCCCCAGCAGGUGUCAGAGGGCCCUCAGCUGACAUCAAAGGGCCCUCAUCUGACGUCAAACGGCCCUCAGAAGGCCUCAAAAGGCCCUCGGAUCUUCGGGCCCUUUGAGGGCUUCUUCGUUGUGACAGUGCUGCUUUGUCGGUGAGGUGCGCGGUCGCCGUGGGUCCCUCGCUCGCCGCCGGGACAGCGAAAGGUGGGUGAUCGGGGCCGUCGUCGGCCGUACAUACGUGCCCUGGUACGGGCUUCCUGAAUAUCUGUUACGACUGGUACCUACUAGGAAAGUGGGCAUGCGCCUGAAAAUUGUGUCCUUGUAGUUUGUGGUAUAAAAGUGAGAAAAGUUAAACCUCUGGUCUGUGAUCUCGCUACGAAUCAUUGUAAUUAUUUUUCAUGUCUACUCGUAUGUGGCUAAAUAAAUAUGCGUAUUGACAAAGGGGGUGCUUCCCCGCUCAUACACAUCCGGGCUUACCCGUGACUAGCCUCCGCUUCUAGCUAGCCAGUAGCCGGGGUCGGUCGGCCGGCUGGCAGUCAGGCGCUACCCGGGCUGAUUUUUGAGGGCCUUGCAUCCACGCUUAUUAAUCGAAUAUUUUACGUGAUUGUUAAGAUGGUGAUUACUAAUCACUGAAUCGUAGUUGAAUGAAACAUGCUGCGUAAACAAAAAUAGAACAUUCAAUGCUUUGAAAAUUGAACGGGUACUGAAGCAAUUGUUUUAUCAUGUAUCGACAAAAGCCAACUUUCAAGUCAACCGAAAUAUAAUCGCGUUGGGGAACUUUUUCGGC